GGCAGGUACUGCUGGGGACGCCAUGUUGUGAGAGGAAGUGGAAAUCAGUGUGUGUGAGUGAGUGUGAAGAGAGGAGCUGCGCUGGAGCGGUACGCUUUCGACCGCUAUCGGACAACCGAGCACGGAGCUAGCAGGCAAGCGGGCAGCCGGCUGAGGGAGUCGGGUCCUUUUGUUGCCUCUUUGAGAGCUUUCCGGGAAGCCUCGGGGCACACUGCCCCUUAUUCAGCGCCGGGGAAGAUGCCGCUGGCGCAGCUGGCAGACCCGUGGCAGAAACUGCCGGUGCAGAAAGUGGAGAGCGAGAAUGGACAGCAGUUUGCAGAGGAAUCGAUGUGUGAAGAUGACGAGAACAAUGAUGAAGGAAGUAUAAAUGAAAUUGCAAUUACUCACCAUGUUAAGGAAGGACAUGAGAAAGCUGACCCCUCUCAGUUUGAGCUGCUCAAGGUACUUGGACAAGGCUCUUUCGGAAAGGUAUUUCUUGUGCGAAAAAUCUCAGAAGCCGAUGCUGGGCAACUAUAUGCAAUGAAAGUAUUAAAAAAAGCCACACUUAAAGUUCGAGAUCGUGUCAGAACAAAAAUGGAGCGUGAUAUUUUAGUGGAAGUUAAUCAUCCGUUUAUUGUCAAAUUGCACUAUGCUUUCCAAACUGAAGGCAAGCUAUACCUAAUUCUGGAUUUUCUCAGGGGUGGGGAUUUGUUUACACGCUUAUCCAAAGAGGUAAUGUUCACUGAAGAAGAUGUGAAAUACUACCUGGCAGAAUUGGCACUUGCGUUAGACCAUCUUCACACACUUGGUAUAAUAUAUCGGGACCUUAAGCCAGAAAAUAUAUUGCUGGAUGAGGAGGGUCACAUCAAGUUAACAGACUUUGGGCUUAGUAAAGAGUCUAUUGAUCAUGAGAAGAAAGCAUAUUCUUUCUGCGGGACAGUAGAAUACAUGGCUCCGGAGGUUGUAAAUAGGCGAGGCCAUACACAGAGUGCCGACUGGUGGUCUUUUGGUGUUCUCAUGUUUGAGAUGCUGACGGGUACCUUACCGUUUCAAGGGAAGGACAGAAAAGAAACUAUGACCAUGAUUCUGAAGGCCAAGCUUGGGAUGCCUCAGUUUCUUACUCCAGAAGCUCAGUCUCUCCUCCGUAUGCUUUUUAAGAGAAACCCCACCAACAGAUUAGGGGCUGGACCUGACGGUGUUGAAGAAAUUAAAAGGCAUCCAUUCUUUUCAACAAUUGAUUGGAAUAAAUUGUAUAGAAGAGAAAUCCAGCCUCCAUUCAAGCCAGCCACAGGGGGUCCUGAAGACACAUUUUAUUUUGAUCCAGAGUUCACUGCAAAGACACCCAAAGACUCUCCUGGUGUUCCAGCAAGUGCCAAUGCACACCAGCUCUUCCGUGGAUUUAGCUUUGUGGCUAUUUCUACUGAGGAAGACAACCAGGCUAUACAAACAGUUGGCGUUCAUGGCAUUGUUCCGCUUCACAGAAAUAGCAUCCAGUUUACUGACGGUUACGACUUGAAGGAAGAUAUUGGGGUUGGCUCCUAUUCCAUUUGCAAAAGGUGCAUUCAUAAGACCACCAAUAUGGAGUAUGCAGUAAAGAUUAUUGAUAAGAGUAAGCGAGAUCCAACAGAAGAAAUUGAGAUUUUGCUCCGUUAUGGACAGCAUCCAAACAUUAUUACAUUGAAAGAUGUGUAUGAUGAUGGAAAGUAUGUAUACUUAGUAACAGAACUGAUGAAAGGAGGAGAACUUUUAGACAAAAUCCUUCGCCAGAAGUUCUUUUCAGAAAGGGAAGCAAGUGCCGUACUGCACACUAUAACCAAAACCGUAGAAUACCUCCAUUCACAGUGGGUGGUCCACAGGGAUCUAAAACCCAGCAAUAUUCUUUACGUGGACGAGUCUGGAAAUCCAGAGUCUAUUCGAAUCUGUGACUUUGGGUUUGCGAAGCAACUCAGGGCAGAAAAUGGUUUACUAAUGACUCCUUGUUACACUGCUAACUUUGUUGCUCCUGAGGUUUUAAAGCGUCAGGGUUAUGAUGCUGCAUGUGAUAUUUGGAGCCUGGGCGUUCUGCUGUAUACUAUGCUAACUGGAUACACACCAUUUGCAAAUGGACCUGACGAUACUCCGGAAGAAAUAUUAGCAAGAAUAGGUAGCGGAAAGUUCUCUCUAAGUGGCGGUUAUUGGAAUUCAGUUUCCGAUAUUGCUAAGGAUUUGGUGUCAAAAAUGCUUCAUGUGGAUCCACAGCAAAGACUGACAGCAGCCCAGGUUCUAAAGCAUCCCUGGAUAGUGCACUGUGACCAGCUUCCUCAAUUCCAGCUCAACCGCCAGGAUGCUCCUCACCUAGUAAAGGGAGCUAUGGCCGCAACGUACUCUGCUUUGAACCUCAAUCCAUUGUCUCCAGUGCUGGAACCUGUUGGCCGUUCUACUCUCGCUCAAAGAAGAGGUAUAAAGAAGAUCACGUCCACCGCCCUGUGAUUGGGAACUCGUAUGUCUACAGAGUGCUGGAGCUGAAGAUCCACAGCACAAAACCAAGCCAACAGAGAUAGCACAUAUCAAAAAGACACUCCGGCAGGCACCUGCUCUCUGCCGGCUCACCAUCAAUGCUGCUGCUUUUCGUCUCUUCUCUCUUUUACAUUGUUGAUAGCAAGCCUUCUACCUUACUGACUCGAACGACCAGUCUGUAAUAUAAUACAAGUGAAAGACUGGUCGGUCCUCAGAUAGAGCGGAGCAAUAAGACUUUCCUCCUCCCUGGCAUGAAGAAUACACUGAAACAAUGGCAUCCAAUAUUUUUUUUUUUUAUAGGGAGAGUUUUUAGUCGCCCAUCUCAGCGGGUUGUAGAUGCACUUAUGUGAUUUUCAAAGCUGUGUUCCUUAAAUCCUUGUACUCCAUGCCAUGCAAACGUCUCCGUUUAUUUCAUGGCCAUUUUCUGUGUUUCAUUUGAUGCCUGUUUUCUCAUUGUGCUCUAAUUUAACUCUGUUAUAUUUUUUUUUCUACUCAUUUGUUCUUAUGCCUUGUAUUUGUUUCAAAAUGUAAUGCUGUACAUUCUGAGACAUGCGUUGGUCCGCUGGAUAUGGGGCGGGGGGGGGGGGGUGCUUGGAAUAGUGCAGUGAUGUCACUGCAUCUGAAUGUAACAUGAUACAACACUCAAGAGAACAUGAGCCUGUUCCUCUGGAGAAGUGGCGGUCAGUGGUAUCGACUGAUCUGCACGCCAUGGAUUACCGCAAAUGAUUACAGCAGCAGUACCAGUACGUGAUAUACCAUGCACAGCCUGUGUCUGUCAUUAUCCUGUUAGGUUCAUGUGUUACUGCCUUGAUUUAUAGUACCAUAUUUGUACUCGUUGGGUUUAAAUGUCAUAUAGCUUUGACUCAACAUAUCCACUUAUAAGCGCCCUGCAUUUAUUCUAAAAUGUAGUCCAGCCAUUAGCUCCCAUGCAAAUUGCAUAGACGACAUGCAAGUCAACCCUGCCAUGGCCCCGUGAGCAGGGAAACUAUCAAAGCUCCAUUUGACAGGCGCUGGUUGGUUUCUUGUAAGGUGUCUAUAGCAUCUGUGAUGUGAGAAUUCCUGCGCAAAGAUGCUAUUAAAAUAAACUCGAUAGGAACGCUGCGCAGGGUGACCUCAGCUGUUCUUCCCCAUUGAUAAAAGUUGCUGAGAUGGAAAUGUUCUAUUACUGCACCUCUGCAUAGUGCUCUAUGUAAGCAAUAGAACACGUAAACAAUCCUAAAUGAAAGUUGCUGAUCUCAUGAAGCCUUUACAAUGAGUGAUAACUGAACUGCGGUCUGAUCGUACGGCAGGCGAGCUGUCAGAAGAUGAUUUACUGAGAUUUAACCUAACUUAUUUCAAGAGCAUAUGUAAGCUCGGCUACUUACACUAGAUCAGAUCAAUUGCAGUUGUGAGUUCCUCCUGUUGCCCGAUCCACUUUUAUUUUAUUUUUUUUUCCUCAUCCCGUUCCCCCGCCUUUAAAUUUCGGACUUAAGAUAUACUGUAUAUGUCUAUAUACAAUUUUUUUUUUUUAACUGCCACACCAAUAUGUGAUUAUUAUUUUUUUUUUAUAUAUAUUAUUUUUUUUAUCAUUUUGGCAUUUACAUUCGUUUCUCCUUAUAAUUACUGCAAAGCAAAGUCUUGAGGGACGAUAAUUCAUGAUCUGUGUUGUAUAACGGAUGAGUUUUCUCUGACGAAAAUAAUGUGCAUUAUGACCUAACUCCAACACAGAGUAAAGGGACAUUGUACACAAAGGGAUGUAAUUAUUUUGCAGUUACCUUAUCUCUGGUGGGAGGGGCUGUGUAACCUUUUUUUUUUUAAUACGAAUCAUAGAGAAUAUUUUUCUACAGUUAUGUACAAUCAUUCUUUAUAUUAGACUUCGCAUGGCAUGUCAGUUACCACCAUGAUACUUGAAGUAGAAUUCAGAAUUUUCUUCCUUUUGCCAUCAUUCAGUUUUUGGAAGAUGCUUCCAUUGCAGUAAACUAGAAUACAGUGUCAUAGUACAACUAAGUAUCUCUCGCCACCUUCCUUGAAAGAAAUUUAACCGUUAACAUGUAUCCACUAUGAUUGAUUCUUAAUGGAAAUCAUUGCUUGUACAUUUCUCUUAAUCAGUUUUGUAAUCUUCUAAAGACAAUGCAGACAUUUAUAUAAUAAACUUUCAAAUA